AUGGUGCUAAAGGCAGUCUCCAAGCUAUCAGGCAUCAAUGAAGUGUCAGUGAAUCUUAAUAAGCAGGAGUUGGUUGUAAUUGGAGAUGUUGACCCGGUGUGUGUUGUACGUCGUGUUAGAGAUACUGGGAAGAUAGCAGAAAUAAUCAGUGUUGGACCAAUCAAGAAACCCGAUGUUCCUAAACCUAAACCUGAACCCAAAAGAGAUCAUUGUGAAUGCCCGAAAGUCUACCCACGUUGUAAUGAUGCGUGUUCUACCAUUGUUAUCGGAUAUCAAGAAUCAUAUACAGAUAGUGGGUGCAUGAUAAUGUGA